UGUUAGUUACUAAUCACUUUUCUUUGAUUAAAAUCAAAAUCCUUUUUUUUUUUCUCUUUUUCUUGUUUAUAGAUUUAUGCGUGAAUUCUUUUCUUCAAAUUCCACCAUGAAUGCGAUUGUGAACGCUCUUCCAAAAAAGAAAAGACAGCAAACAAUAGAAAGUAUUUUUCAUAAUUACUCUUCCAGCAGCAUUACACGACGUGUAGAUGCACAAUUUCCAAGAAUAAUAUUUCAAACCAAGAACAAAAACGUAAUCACUCAAGAUUUCAAAAUUGGUUUGCAUGUGAUAAUUCACAGAGCAGAAGGACUCGAUCAAUUCGCGGAUGAUCCGAGCGUCAAGAACAGAGAUUACAAUGUUGUGUAUUGGAUUAAACCUGAUGAAGAAAUUCACACUAAGGUUGUUGAAGGUUUUGUUACACCUGAAUGGAACCAAGCUAAUGAUUUUAUGUUAGAGAAUCUUGAUGAUGAUAGUUUUUUGAAUGUUGAGGUACAAAGGUUUAAUUCUUUGGAUGAUCCUGGUACAUCUAGUGGUAAUGUGGUUGUUGGGAGGGUGAAGAUUCCGCUUCCGACGGUGUUUAAUCGAAGGGAAGUCCGGUCGUUUCCUCUGCUUAGGAGUGAUGAAAAGGGAUGUAGGCUUGAAGGGAAUAUCUUGCUUUCUAUGAGACUUAAGAAAAUCGAGCCUUUUAGGUUUUAUGAUGAUGAUGAUUUGAUUUUUAAUGAAUAAUGAUGAUGUUAAAG